AUGUUCGCUUACCAACGAGGAGGCUUUGAUCCUGGAGGAGAAGCUGGUGCGUUUACAGAUGAAAAAAUCCUCAAAACCUACGACAAUAGACAAAGACGCAUGAAAACGCAAUCUUGUUUAAAACAGAAGUCCAUGAAACUGAAGAAAAGGAGAAAUAGUGGACAGUGGCACUCUCCGACAUACCCGGCUUUCCAGACCUCAAGGUUCAACGAACUCAAAGCUCGAACAACAGAGAAACAGUGGACAGUGGCACUCUCCGACAUACACUGGCCAAGAAUCGAAGCCGUUGCUGAGUUUAGACUUCGAACCGGACACGAUUGCUUUCCGUUGAUGAGUUUAGACUACGUACCGAACACGAUUGCCUAUAAACACCUUCACAGAUUGGGAGUAUACACUCAACUCACAUGUACACCUUCACAGAUUGGGAGUAUACACUCAACCCACAUGGACCUUCACAGAUUGGGAGUAUACACUCAACCCACAUGCCCCCUUCACAGAUUGGGAGUAUACACUCAACCCAUAUGCCCUUUCACAGACUGGGAGUAUACACUCAACCCACAUGCCCUCUGGAUUGGGAGAGCCACUCAGCCCCCUCUUCACAGAUUGAGAGUAUACACUCAACCCACAUGCCCUCAAUGUAACCUACAUGAGGAAAUGGAGAAGAACAACCUGAUUCGGUGUCCAGCCCUAAAGACAAUGACGGAUAGUCAGAGAAACUAG